UCGCGUUCCGGUUCCGGUCGGUUGCCCGGGAGACGCGUGUACACAGAGAGAAACGGCUCCCGUCGGUGGCCGAGUCAUCGCCGCGGUCGCCCCCUCGGCGUUCUCGCAGGCCGGGAGCGGACGGGCCGCGUCGGCGCCGAGCUGGUCGCGGGCCGAGAGCUGCCGGCGCCAUGAGUCAGAGGCAGGUGUUGCAAGGUAAGGCCCGGGGCGCGCGGCGCCCCGACGGGCUGGCUGCGGGAGCCGCGGGGGCACCGGGGCGGCCUGCUCCACCGUGUUUCUCCUCCGCAGUGUUCGAGCAGUACCAGAAAGCCCGGACCCAGUUCGUGCAGAUGGUGGCAGAGCUGGCGACCAGACCCCAGAACAUCGAGACGCUGCAGAACGCGGGUGUAAUGUCUUUGCUGAGGCCUCUUCUUCUGGAUGUGGUCCCAACAAUUCAACAGACUGCUGCGUUGGCUCUUGGGAGACUGGCUAAUUAUAAUGAUGACCUAGCAGAAGCAGUGGUGAAGGGUGACAUCCUUCCACAGCUUGUUUAUUCACUGGCAGAACAGAAUCGUUUUUACAAGAAAGCAGCUGCCUUUGUGUUACGAGCAGUUGGUAAACAUUCUCCUCAACUAGCUCAGGCAAUAGUUGACUGUGGAGCACUGGAUACACUGGUGAUAUGCUUGGAAGAUUUUGACCCUGGAGUCAAGGAGGCUGCAGCUUGGGCACUUGGAUAUAUUGGAAGACAUAAUGCAGAACUGUCACAAGCUGUGGUGGAUGCGGGAGCUGUUCCUCUUUUAGUACUCUGUAUCCAGGAGCCAGAAAUUGCUUUGAAAAGGAUUGCUGCUUCGGCCCUCAGUGAUAUUUCAAAGCAUUCUCCGGAGUUAGCACAGACGGUAGUGGAUGCAGGAGCUAUUGCUCACUUAGCCCAGAUGAUCCUGAACCCUGAUUCUAAAUUAAAGCGUCAGGUCCUUUCAGCUCUUAGUCAGAUUGCAAAACAUUCUGUGGAUCUGGCAGAAAUGGUGGUGGAAGCAGAGAUUUUUCCAGUUGUACUUACCUGCCUGAAGGACAAAGACGAAUAUGUGAAGAAAAAUGCUUCUACUUUAAUUAGAGAGAUUGCAAAACAUACGCCUGAGCUUUCGCAGUUGAUCGUUAAUGCCGGAGGAGUGGCUGCCGUGAUUGAUUGUAUCGGGUCCUGCAAAGGAAACAUAAGACUGCCUGGCAUCAUGAUGCUUGGUUAUGUAGCGGCUCAUUCUGAGAACCUGGCAAUGGCAGUGAUCAUUUCCAAGGGUGUGCCCCAGUUGUCAGUCUGCUUGUCAGAAGAACCAGAAGAUCAUAUAAAGGCUGCUGCUGCUUGGGCCUUAGGACAGAUCGGGAGACACACUCCAGAGCACGCCCGGGCUGUUGCAGUCACAAACACCUUGCCGGUUCUGCUUUCAUUGUACAUGUCAACAGAAAGUUCCGAGGAUCUUCAAGUAAAAAGUAAAAAAGCCAUAAAGAAUAUCCUACAAAAAUGCACCUAUUUACCAGCCCUUGAGCCAUUUCUGUAUGAUGCACCUCCCAAUAUUCUGAAGCAUGUGGUUGGACAGUUCAGUAAGGUACUGCCACAUGACAGCAAAGCUCGACGACUUUUUGUAACAAGUGGUGGACUUAAAAAGGUUCAAGAGAUAAAAGCAGAGCCUGGCUCUCUCCUUCAAGAAUACAUCAACAGUAUUAACAACUGUUACCCAGAGGAAAUAGUAAGCAAAUUCUUUCUAGAGGUAGAGUUCAUAUACUUUUGUGAGGUUCAUGAGUGCUGCUUGACCAAAAGAGUUCCAAUGAGCUGCAGUGUUCACCCUGCAGGCCUCUUUCAGAAACAUUUGGAGAGCUGCGGAAAAACCACAAGUCGGAAAGUGUUGCCUUCCUCAGAGAGGAAAAAUGCCUUUUGUUACUCCUGCCAUUAUAGGAAUGGACUAUGUGUUCGAUUUAGUCCUCAAGUGACUUUCUACAAAGUGAAUGCUAUUUUCCCACUGAAAACUGGAGUCUUCCUCGUCGUUUAUUGGUGUCAGGGCUCACCAGCCCUCGGAGCGGCUCGGAGGGGCCUUGCACAACCGUGGAGCAAUGUCUGGUGCCGCCACCUCUGGGCCUGGGUGCCAGAGGCACUGUACCCACAGGAUGGAGCAGGAUCCUUGGGGGCGCGCAGCUUCAUCGGGAACACGCCGUGCGACGACAAAUUCCUCUUCCUUCAGUUAACAGUUCUGGAGCAGAGGCUGGUGGAGAGGCCCCGAGCCCACGUAGACCGAGAUGAAGAUGAGGAAGACCAGCAGUAA